UAUGACACGUGGGAUGUGCUGUGGUCUUUAUUUACAAAAGUUAGAACUGAGACCGUUGUAUGUCAUUAUAUCAAAUAUUAACAGAAUGGAUACAAGUGAAUUUUCAAUGUAUGAUUCCCUCAUGGAUAAACAUUCAGCAAAGAGAAUAAAGCUCGAGAUUGCAGAAAGGCCUUUGAACUUUGCAAUAUCACCCGAUGAACGUGAGAUCCAGUCAGUAAAAAAGACGAAAAUGCCAAGGGAUCCAAUGUCACACAGAAUCAUAGAGAAGAGGCGACGAGAUCGCAUGAAUAACUGUUUGGCAGAACUCAGCCGGCUUAUCCCAACAAGUUAUUUGAAACAGGGUCAAGGUCGUAUUGAGAAGACGGAGAUUAUAGAUAUUGCAUCCAAGCUUAUACGAAACCUGUUGAACUUGCAUAAUUUUAGAGAAAUGAUGGAGAAAGAGUUAUCGUCGGAUUGUGGUGGAGCAAACCCAUGCUGUCAAGAAAAGUUUUACAUGGGAUAUAAAGAAUGUCAGGAGGAAAUUCUGCGACAUUUAAUUGACACUGAAGGGAUGGAUCUUAAAGAUGACUUCUUUCAGAGAAUUACAACAUUUUUAGAUCAUAGCAGUAAGAAACAUCUUAGAUUAUCAAAAGUAAAAACUGCAUCUGAUAUCCAAAAUGUAAAGCAUAAUGAUUCUUUGACGUCAGAAGCACCAGUUUCAAAUUUUAUCUCACAGAGCAAUGGUCAAAUGCUACAAGGCAUGGGAAUUUCAGAAAACAACAUGGCCAUGAUAAAACAAGAUGAACAUCUUUGUACCCUGCUGAAGCGAACAGAACAAACAUCCAGCCGAACAUCAGGAUACAGCAGCUUCAGAAGCCAGUCAUUGUCAGAAGGAAGCGUAUCAUGCAUUACACUACAGUCAGUUCAGGGAGAUACAGCAGAUAGAGAUGAAAGGAACGGCUCAAGAGGCAGUUUAUACUCCAGCGAGGAGAAUUCAUCCGAAGGCAGUAAUGGCAGCAAGAAUGAUUACCACAAGUCACAUGCUUACAAAUUUAAACACAAUAUAACAAAAAGGUUUUCUAAAGAAAGAAGUCCUUGGGAUCCAAAAAGUGAAAGAUCUUCAGAUUCAAUGGAGGAUGAAAAUGAACAAGGAAAGCGAAAAAUAGUAAGCUACAGUACUUCAAGCCCGAGCACUGAAUACAGUCAAUACUUAGGAUCUGAAAAUAGUUCUACGAAUAGUUAUUGCAAGGAAAAUAAAAUUCAACAUAUUCAGAAUGACUUUGGGAAGAAUGGUCGUUUUGAUUCAAAACAGGUGCCUUUACCCGCCUUUGUACUUCAUCCUCUUGGAACACAUUAUGUUCCCGUAACAAUACCUCCUACACAUUUCAAAAGUGUGUUUAAAGACGAUUCCAAGGGAUCAACAGCAUAUCAUCCUAUUAGUAUCCCUGUGAAUUUCUGUGGUCCAAGUGUUUCCUUAAACACACAGGUAGAACAGCAACUCAUAUGUGCAUCAGAAGGACAGAAAGACGGAAGAUUUCAAAAUUUAUAGAAAACGUUUUGAAAGAUUUUUAUGCAUAUUUUUCCUAACAACGCUUGUGUUUAUAUUGGAAAAAACGUAUUUGUUUUCUCCCAAAAAGUUGUUCGGUUAGUAGAUAAAGUUUGGUUUUGGCAGUUGAACAGACUUGCGCCUGACGAAUUUAUCUGGAAGUAAGAUAUUUUUAUGAAUACAUUGAUAACUGUUUUUUAUACACUAGUUUGUAUUGUAAAUUGGAAAUGUCUGUGAAACAUAUUUUCAGCUUAAUGAUAUUCAUGAUUAUAUUUUAUGUGAUGAAAUGGUCUUUCCUUAA